CAUGAUAAAUUACCAGACUAAAUAUAUUGCAUACACACCCUAUGUCUUUUGUUUAAAGCCUGUGAAAUCUAACAGCAAACACAUUUCGCCUUGCUUUCUCAGCCAGAACGGUUCACCUCGUCGAGCAAAGAUGAAGAAAACAAAUGUCGACCGUGUCCUCUGUGUGUCACUGCUUAUUCUGAUGAGCUCUGGAAAGAUGGAUAGUCAUAGUCCGGCUUUUAACGAUAAGGCACAGCUCGUCCUUCCGGAGUUCUACAAUAUCGGCUGGAUGAAAGAGCUGGAUGGUAACACUCUCCUGUCUGAUAUCACCAUUCCUGGAACGCAUGAUACAAUGGCACUUUAUGGAGGACCUGCGGCUGAGUGCCAGGCCUGGAGCCUGGAAGACCAGCUUAAGGCAGGUAUCCGCUACAUUGACCUCCGAGUGUACGCUUUCAAAAACACGCUGUACCUCAUGCAUGGGAUCAUUUACCAGCACUCAAAAUUCACCAUGGCUCUCGACACGCUCAAGGCGUUCCUGUCAGAGUUCCCAAGCGAGACGGUUCUUGUCCGAGUCAAGCCCGAUUUGUUUGAUAAGAGUAAAGUUCAGGAAUCGGUUGAAAAGCUCAUCGAGGGUGAUAGCAGUGUCUGGAUGAAGUCUACCAUACCACGACUGGACGAAGUAAGAGGCAAGAUCGUGUUCGUACAGGAAGACAGCUUUUUGCUCGGCGUGCCUCUGUCGGAAACCGACACCAAGGGGGAUUACAAGGUCAUUCACAUUAGCGACAAGGAGAAAGAAACCUUUCAACACCUCAAUCAAGCCAUGAAGGAGUGCGGAGGAAAUUCUAUCAUCCUCACCUAUUCCAGUGGCACGGGCAUAGGCACAUUUGAAGGCAUGUUUCUAACACCGAAAAAGGUGGCGGAAAAGAUCAACCCUUGGCUGUAUGAUUAUCUGCAAAUGCUGCUUGCUGAAGGGUCUCCAGUGUGUUUCGGGAUCAUAGCCAUGGACUUUCCAAGCGUUGACCUCAUACAAACGGUCAUCAAGUUUAAUAUGUAGCUUUGCAGGUUUGCUUCAAAUUAUAAUCAAACUUAAUGGUUAAGGUUUUAACGGUUUGGAACUUUCCACAUAAACAUGCAAAAAUCUCUAUAAUAGCUAGUGAAGACAUGUCUUACAUGCAUUUACAUGCACAUAUCAACAUCAGUCUCUUUCCAAAUAAGUCUGUUAAUCCUGCCUUAGCUCUGUGGCACCUACUGGAGUACGUUAAUUGUUUUCUCAACCUGUUUAACUGUGAUUGUAAAUGUGAUUUGUACUGCAUUCUGAAAAUAAUGGCAGUAAAAUGACUUUUGCUGUU